CCCCCCAUCCCCCAACUGGAGGAAGUCCAAAGCCUACCAUGGGGUCAUACAGGACUACAAUGUUCAGAAGGGAUUUCAAUAGACUUCAYGCAAAGAGAGCGCAAGUCUCUAGUCAAGUCAGAGAACAGCUAGGACAUCAGCAAGUAAUUCCACCAAUCAAACGAAGCAAACCGGAGGSAGGAGAAACUAGAGAACAGCAGGAGGAAGUGGACAGUCAGAYUGUUUGCAAAGAACAACAAGGAAUAAAUAAUGACAACAUAGAGAUAACUGAAGAAAAGGCCACUUCAUCUGCUUCAUCCAUCUCAACCAAGGAUGAUGUUUUCUCUGAGCAGUCUUCAACCAUGCUUAGCAAAUCGGAAAAAAUCGAUUCAUCAUCWUUACCAUCACAACUGAAGGAUCAAAAUUAUAACACCUUAAAAUUCCCAGAAUCCCAAGGUCUCCCUGAAAAUGAUUCCUAUCURGGGCUGGAUGUCAUAGACGUUAUACGACGGCUACGAAUGCGYCUGAAUAGAAGUCCUGACCUUGAAGCAAUUGCCAAUGGAAUUGAUAUUGAUGGCGAUGAGAACAACUUAAUGCGACUCUACAUCAAGGAAGACGAUGGAAAAUUUCUUUAUUGUUUACCUAAGAACAGAGGUAUACGUGCSGCAAGGUAUAAUCCUUAUGACUUGGAGUGUGUUACACCAGCUGAAGCUAAGUCUUGGUCCCAGUCUUUCACGGUAUCAUCUUCAGCUGUAACCCAGCUUGUCAAUGGUGCCAGGGUUGAUAUAACCAUCACAGAAAGGUGGCUUUAUGAACGUAGYAUAUUCAAUAGAAUUAAGGAUAAGCAUGUAUUUUCAAAGUUCAGAAUGUGGAAAGGUUUUACUUGUUGGAAGAAGAACGUUCGUUUCUUAAAAAACACUGGUAAUAAACAUGGAAUUGAAAACGUCUUGUUUACAAACACCGACAUCUUCCAGUCCGCCAUCUUGAAAGUGAGAAGCUUAUGCGAAGAUGCUUGCAGUAGUCURACUGGACUCGGCAAGGAAGGCGAKGCCAUUGCUUUACUGUCUGUACAGCCAGAAACGAAACACACUUUAGACGAGUUUUGUCUUAAUCAAGAAAAACAAGUUGAAAAGGCGAGAGAGAAAAUUUCUAWAUUACGAAAGACGGUACUGGAAAUAGUGAAACAGGCUUGCGAGAGUGUUGCUGAGAGGGAAGGAUUGAUUGAAUGGAUUUUUCCUGAACGCAAAAAACAAGAAGACAAGCAACCCGAAACAGUCACCAAGAAAACCACAGAUUUGAAAGAAAUGGCACAGGAAAAAGAGAAAGAGAAAUGGAGAAAUCCGUCAUUUACUCAAAUGUCACUGUGGAGAGGAGUUCUGAAACGUAUCACAUGRUUUAUACGCCUUAUUGAUUUUCUUCUCAUGGAACUGUUUCGACGUUUGGUUCUGGUCGGGGUUCGAACGCUGGUCGCACAGGUUCUGUCUUCCAGUACUUUUGGUAGUGUUGUUGCAUUAAGCCUCAUGGAAACGACCGAGGAGGAYCAGAAAAGAUUAUCSUUAAAAAAGGURGAUUCCGUCGUCGACAAGUUAUCACAACACGAUACCAUCGCUGAAGCUCUUCUAAGAGUGUCUUUAGUAUUAAAUGUACCAGAGCCUUACUACAAGUCCGAAAGCGCCGAUGGCCCAAAGAAAGUGACAUUUCAAGAUGACAAUGACGAUGAUCAAGASAGCACAACAACAGACGAUGSUUCAAGCGUCAGUACUCUGCGGUCAGCGGCCUCUUCUGUUGUGAUGAUUUAUCCGAAGUCCUUCAUUAGAAUGAGRCCRUCGUAUGAGGAAUUUGAAGCUCGUCUCCUUGGAAUCAUUGACCUGUUUGAGCGAACUAUUCGUGGUUUCCCGAGUCUAACUCGCGAGAAGGAACUCACCGUCUUCACCACUCCACCAGGAAGUGACGUAGUCUUCGCCUUAUCACGUGACCCGGAAGAGGAAGCGAAGACCAYCAAGAUAGUCUGGCCUGAUACUGAUUUACUGUUUGGGUCAGAUCCUGAUUAUCAACAAGAAGUCAAAAACAUGGUUGAACGCUUGAAGUGGGAGUCCGAAAAUGUCAUGAGUUACGCUCAGAAAUUCAUACGAUUUUGUGCCAUGGUGGAUCGAGCAAGAAAGGUCGAUGUCGAUGCAUCUUUGAAGAGAAAAGAGUGGAGCACCGAGAAAUUUAAUGCAGUAUUYAACCAGCAUACUGAACAAAUACAUUCGAUGAAGGCAAUGCUACUCGUGAAGAGAAUAGGUCUCUUUCAUGUAGAGACUGAUGGUUUCCAGGAAGCAACUCUUCCAUAUCCUCGUCGUGUCAUCGAUGCAUUAUCAAAACACGUACCYAGCAUUGCAGCRAYACGAAACGAUGCCCUCUUGAAAAUAAUUAAGAAUGCUUCCACGAAACUUGAUAAGGCUCCAGAAACAGUGGAAGAGUUUGURGAUCAUUUAAUCUUCCUGUCUCGUAUGUCGACUGAAAUKAAUGUUCUCGAGAGAGAAUACACCAUCGUCACACGUCUGUACUCCAUUGCUAAAAACUUCGACAUGAAYAUAGAAGCAGAGGAAUURGCGUUGUCUCAAACUCUGAUGCCAAGCUUUAUGCAUCUGAAGUCCACCAUCCUAUUCUGUCUUGCCAAAAGAGACGAGAAUAUCCAYUUUUUUAGUAAGGCUCUCGACGAUCUAAUCGCAUCGGUUCGUCGGGAUCUUCGUACUAUAUCCAUGAAAGUUGCUUCCCCAACUCUACUCGAGGCGGACAAUAUUCCUCAAGUUAUUACGGAGAAAAUCAAGUACCUAGGGAAAUCCGUAGCUGUUUCGACAUCAAGCGGCUCGUUUUCACUGCAGUCAGAAGUCAGCGAGGURGAGAAAGAUUUGUCGCUAAGGAAGCUKCUUUGGCAGUCUCURCAGGAGUGGGAGAUUCUAGUGGACAAAUGGAAGGCAACAGUUUUUGAAGCUUUGUCGACGGAAUCCAUGCAAAAUGACGUUACUCGAUUCAUUGAGAUUAUUUUUAUGCUAGAAAAAGGUCUACCUCCAAAUAAAGUGGUGCCUCGUCUCAAGGAGAAAGUCACAACCUUUAAGAUUGGCAUGCCUGUGAUUACAAGCCUUCGAAAUCCCGCUUUAAGAGCACGGCAUUGGGAAGCCAUCCAAGAACAGAUCGGUACCCGUUUUGUGAGAGAUCGUCACUUUACGCUAGGACAUUUACUUCGUCUUGAGGUCUUCAAACACAAAGAAAAAAUCACAGAAAUCUCGUCCCAGGCCACUAAUGAAGCCACGUUGGAGCAGAUGCUACAGAAAAUCAUGGAAUUUUGGAACGUUACUGAAUUUAAACUGGUUGCGCACCCAACACGUGACAUCGCCGUCAUCUCACAGGCUGAUGAUAUCAUUGCCUCGUUGGAGGAGAGUCAAGUCACUUUGAGUAACAUAAGGAAUUCAAAAUAUGUCGCUCCCAUUAAGUCGUUGGUGGAAGAUUGGGACAGGAAACUUGCUUUAUUUUCCCGCACGUUGGAUGAAUGGCUCAUUUGCCAACGUAACUGGCUUUACUUGGAAUCUAUCUUUGCAGCAGCUGAUAUACAAAGGCAACUACCAAAUGAAGCCCGUCUGUUUUCUCAAGUUGACAAAUCAUGGAGGGAUAUAAUGAGGAGAACUAUUGAUAAACCGAAUGCAUUCAAAGCUUCCAUUGCUGCUGGUGUUCUUGAAGUUCUACAGUCAAGCAACUCACARCUUGCCAAGAUUCAUAAAUGCCUUGAAGACUACCUCGAAACCAAACGCCUGGUGUUUGCACGAUUUUACUUCCUCAGUAAUGAAGAUUUGCUGGACAUUCUUGCAAACAACAAAAACCCAAAUGCUAUACAGCCACACUUACGUAAAUGUUUCCAAAACAURCAUUUCCUGGAAAUCGUUCGACAAGCUCACUCGCCACCACAGAUCAAAUAUAUGAUGUCAGGGGAAGGAGAAUGCGUCAAUUUACCCAAAACUCUUCGUGCACGAGGGAAUGUUGAAUCAUGGGUACUUAAUGUAGAGCAUUCUAUGUACGAGACUAUUAAAAUGCAUAUCAAGAAUGCUGUCACCAGUCUUGAUACCAUGGAAUACACUCAGUGGGUACUAAAACAUCCUGGACAGACCAUAUUGACAGCGUCUCAAAUAAACUUCUCUCGCGAAGUUGUGAAAUGUUUACAAAGCUCAAGAGCCAAAGAUUCUCUCGUGAGUCUGCGUAAUAAGAUGGUGUCAACUUUAACACAGCUUUCUCAGCUAGUGACGUCACCAAUACCUGAACACAAGCACGAAAUGGUAGAAUCGCUGCUGACCAUCGAAGUUCACGGACGCGAUAUAUUGGAUUUACUCAUCGAAAAUCAGGUCACGCAGGUUGAAGACUUCGAUUGGUCUAGGCAACUUCGAUAUGACUGGGAGGAAGACCGCAACGCAUGUACAGUACGACACUGCGACGCCCAAUUUGAGUAUGGUUAUGAAUACAUUGGUUGUGCUCCUCGUUUGGUCAUGACCCCCCUGACUGAUCGAUGCUAUCUCACUUUGACUGGUGCUUUGAACCUCCAUCUUCAUGGUGCACCGUCUGGACCCGCGGGGACUGGGAAGACAGAAACUGUCAAGGAUUUGGCCAAGGCUUUAGGAAAGCACUGUUUGGUUUUCAACUGUUCAGAGGGACUUAACUAUAAGAUGAUGGGCAAGAUGUUUUCUGGUAUCGCUCAGUCUGGUUCCUGGAUCUGUUUUGACGAGUUUAAUCGUAUAGACGUUGAAGUUUUYUCCGUUAUUGCGCAACAGCUACACUCUAUUAAAUCUGCAAAAGACAGCGAGUCAACAAGGUUUCUCUUUGAGGGUCGAGACAUCAAGCUUAAUUCAAGUUGUGCAGUGUUUAUUACGAUGAAUCCCACGUACGCAGGAAGAGUUGAACUUCCCGAUAAUUUAAAAGCAUUAUUUCGUCCCGUGGCCAUGAUGGUUCCAGACUUCGCUAACAUUGCUGAAAUCAUUCUCUUCUCUGAAGGCUUUGCAGCUGCCGCCAUGUUGUCACGCAAAUUGUUGAAUCUAUAUCAAUUAGCAAGCAAGCAGUUGUCACAACAGGAUCAUUACGACUUUGGACUUCGAGCCAUCAAYUCAGUCUUGAUCUUGGCUGGACAAGAAAGAAGAUUUUCCAAUUUGAAAAAUGAUUCAGAAAACCUUGAAGUGGAGGAAUCUAACAUCGUGAUAAGUGCCAUCAGGAGGUCAAACAUACCRAAGUUUGUCGCAAGUGAUGUGCCUUUGUUUAAUAGCAUUCUUGAUGACCUGUUUCCUGGGGUCUCUCCUCCUGUUCCAGAUAACAGGAAUCUSAGGCGAGCCAUAUCCAUUGCCCUGGGUGAAACACACUACGASUCGUGGCCAUCCCAGAUCGAUAAAAUCGUCCAGGUCCAUCACACCCUUCUUGUCCGUCACGGUAUUAUGCUAAUUGGUCCAGCGGGCGGCGGGAAAACCACUGCCAGACAAAUAUUACAGCGAGCUUUAGUUUUCUUACCGAGCGUUCAGCAUCGCGAACAGCACGAAAAACACUUGGAAGACUACGAGGAUAAAACUUCUAACAAGAGCGGCUUAACGCACAUGCUGUCCAAGGCUCACAAAGGUAAAGUUGAGGUAUCGCAUAUAAACGCCAAGUGCCUCACCCUAGGGGAGCUGUACGGCGAAUUUAAUGCAACUACCAUGGAAUGGUCCGAUGGACUGCUGUCUUGUGCUUACCGUCAGUUUGCUAAAGAAAGUCGAAUUAGCACAAACAAGAAAAAGAAAAAACAAAAAGAAAGUCAACCGUCUUCACGUUCUACAACACCGGCCUCAACAAUUAGGCCUCAGUCGGCUCGGUCAACUACGACCGUUUCUGGUGUUACUGGUGAAGAACAGACAGUUGAAGUUGAAACCACGUACGCGGACGAGACCCAGUCAUCCGUYCAAGACGACGGUUUAACGAAAGAAGAAAUCCGGAAUUGGUAUUGGAUGGUAAUGGAUGGUCCAGUGGACACACAAUGGGUGGAGAAUCUCAACACGGUUCUAGAUGAUUCAAAGGUUCUAUGUCUUGCUAAUGGUGAGAGGAUUAGUAUGGGUCAAGGAAUGAGAAUCAUUUUUGAGGUUGAUAACCUUUCUAAUGCUUCUCCUGCUACUGUUAGUAGAUGCGGCAUGGUGUACAUGGAGCCCGAUGAUCUUGGCUGGAAACCGUAUGUAAACACGUGGCUGAAAGACAUCAAAGAAAAGUACAAGGUUCCUGACCUAGCGAGUCAUUAUUUACUAUCCUUGUUCAAUCACACCAUUGAUGCCGGUAUUCGAUUCAUGAGGGAGCACUCAGAGAAUCUCAACAUACAUCCACCGUCAUUAAGCUUAGUCUCAACCGUUUGUGGCAUCAUUGGAGGCUUUAUUGACAUCAUCGAACAUCAUGGCGGCUUCAUUUUACCAGAGCAAAAAGUUGUGGAGCCUCAAGCGGAAAAUGAAGACAAAACGGUCACAUUCGCRGAUGAUUUCGAACGCGAAUUGAAAACUCGACGSGUAUCGUGCGUGAGGCAAAACCCAAAGCAARUACUUGCGUUUCUUGGUAAAGUUUUCGUCUUUGCUUUCACGUGGGCAUUUGGUGGAGUACUUGAUUCGCAUGGUYCUGACAGUGAUGAAGAUUUUGACGACCAGCGUUUCACUAGGACAGGCGGCCGUUUCUAUGGUCAGGAUCAAGGGGAAACAAUAGCACAAGUCUUCGAUAGUUUCGUAAGAAAUCUUUUCACGUUGACUGGAGAAAUGGGAGUUGUUCUUCCUGGUGGAAGCGAUACCAUGUUUUCCUACUACAUUGACAUAGAAACAGGAAACUUUGCCAAAUGGGAGGUACUCGUUCCUCCAGUUCGUGCUCUCAUUGCUAAAUCGAUCACAGACCACUUUGUCCCAACUGAUUCAAUUGGUGACGAAGUGAUGAUGGAUUACGACAUCGAUCGCUCACUCGUCCCUACACUUGACACAAUUCGUUAUUCGUUUUUGGUAACGAUAAUGGCUGUAAGUAAGCAACCAGUAUUGCUGACAGGAGGUAUGGGUGUUGGUAAGACCGUUCUUAUUAUGGAUAUCCUGUCGCGARUGAGUCACCGRGGUGGCACUUCUACAAAUGCUGGUACCAUCCUAGGUGCAGUUUUCCGCUCUGGUGGGAAGAARCUCGUGGAAAGCAUUCUAGAGGCCAGUUUAGGGAUGGAUAACACUGCCUAUGGRUAUGACGACGAGGAUGAUACGUCUGAACCCUUGUYUUUUGAGAAYAUCUUAUUUUCAGCUCAUACAACUGCCUCUCGAGUGCGUUCGUUUAUCGAGUCCAAGCUGAUCAAGCGUGGKAGAGAAGCACUYGGCCCYAAACAAGGAUAUAAGAUGGUGAUUUUUAUGGAUGAUCUCAAUAUGCCUCAACCAGACGUCUACAAUUCUCACCCUCCUCUUGAGCUUGUCCGUGAGCUAGUUGACUCUGGAGGAUUUUAUGAUACCAAGAAACURCUUUGGAAGGAAGUACACGAUGUUACAUUGUUAGCUGCGUGUUCUCCACCAGGUGGAGGGAGAAGUCCGUUGAAUGAUCGUCUUCUUCGACAUUUCAGCAUCCUAAAUCUACCUUCGCCUACUACCAAUUGGCUGAAGCAUAUCUAUGGAACACACCUUGGCCGUUACCUGGAGAAUAGUGAAUUUACAGAUGACGUCCGUAAUUUGCGUAAUAAAAUAGUUAAUGUUGUUAUGGAUCUGUACAACAAGAUGAGCAGCGGACUUCUACCGACACCUGCCAAGACUCACUACACAUUUAACUUGAGAGAUAUCAGUAAGGUGAUCGAUGGUAUGCUUCAAGCUCAUCCAACGGUUAUCACUACCAYAGAKCACUGUAUCCAGUUACUAAUACACGAGUGUUGUCGGGUAUUUCACGAUCGUCUAAUUAAUGAAGAUGACCGUCGCUUCUUCUAUGGUGCACUGUCRGAGACGCUUCAUACGGGCUUUAAAAUCAACUGGAUGACUGACGCACUGCGGAAUAUGCCAAUUAUGUUCGGAGACUUUGUAGACACAAGCAGCAUAUCAUCUAAAGGCACCAAGGUCUAUCAUAUGAUGCAACAUCAAAGGGUUGUGCGAACGCUAGAGGAUAGCUUUGGUCAAGCCAGACAUUCUUGGGGGUCCUCCCAACACCGACCCGUUUUCUUUGGCAUGGCUGURCGGCAUAUCACUCGCGCUGCUCGAGUAUUGCGUAACCCGGGGCAUCAUAUGAUGAUGGUUGGCGUUGGUGGGACAGGUAAGUGCACUGUAGCACGCCUAGCGGCGUAUAUGGAGGAGUGCCACUUCAUGAAACCCGUAGCAUCCCGUGUGUACUUGCGGCCUGAGUUCUGUGAAGAUAUCAAGAGAGCCUACUUAAAUGCUGGUCUAAAUGGAGAGAAUACAGUUCUGUUCCUUACCGACAAUGUUUUAAAGGAUAUCUUUCUGGAAGACAUUAGCAGUAUUCUAAGCUCGGGCGAAGUCCACGACGUUUUUGAAAAAGAAGAUGUGGAGAACAUUGUGUUGACUCUAAACCGAGAGGUGACUCGACUCGGAAUGCGAGACUCGAAGAAAGCCAUCUUUGAGUACUUCCUACAGCGCGUUAAAAAACGACUUCAUCUUGUGAUAUCUACCAGUCCUGUUGGUCAACACUURAGACAUCGAUGRCGAUUGUAUCCAUCGUUAAUAAACUGRUGUACUAUUGAUUGGUUCGAUACWUGGCCYUUGGARGCGCUACAAUCAGUGGCAGCCUCCUUUCUAGAGAAUACAGACUUUGACAUUGUCCAGGCUACAGAUACACUGCGUUUCACUAGGACAGGCGGCCGUUUCUAUGGUCAGGAUCAAGGGGAAACAAUAGCACAAGUCUUCGAUAGUUUCGUAAGAAAUCUUUUCACGUUGACUGGAGAAAUGGGAGUUGUUCUUCCUGGUGGAAGCGAUACCAUGUUUUCCUACUACAUUGACAUAGAAACAGGAAACUUUGCCAAAUGGGAGGUACUCGUUCCUCCAAUUCGUGCUCUCAUUGCUAAAUCGAUCACAGACCACUUUGUCCCAACUGAUUCAAUUGGUGACGAAGUUAUGAUGGAUUACGACAUCGAUCGCUCACUCGUCCCUACACUUGACACAAUUCGUUAUUCGUUUUUGGUAACGAUAAUGGCUGUAAGUAAGCAACCAGUAUUGCUGACAGGAGGUAUGGGUGUUGGUAAGACCGUUCUUAUUAUGGAUAUCCUGUCGCGARUGAGUCACCGRGGUGGCACUUCUACAAAUGCUGGUACCAUCCUAGGUGCAGUUUUCCGCUCUGGUGGGAAGAARCUCGUGGAAAGCAUUCUAGAGGCCAGUUUAGGGAUGGAUAACACUGCCUAUGGRUAUGACGACGAGGAUGAUACGUCUGAACCCUUGUYUUUUGAGAAYAUCUUAUUUUCAGCUCAUACAACUGCCUCUCGAGUGCGUUCGUUUAUCGAGUCCAAGCUGAUCAAGCGUGGKAGAGAAGCACUYGGCCCYAAACAAGGAUAUAAGAUGGUGAUUUUUAUGGAUGAUCUCAAUAUGCCUCAACCAGACGUCUACAAUUCUCACCCUCCUCUUGAGCUUGUCCGUGAGCUAGUUGACUCUGGAGGAUUUUAUGAUACCAAGAAACURCUUUGGAAGGAAGUACACGAUGUUACAUUGUUAGCUGCGUGUUCUCCACCAGGUGGAGGGAGAAGUCCGUUGAAUGAUCGUCUUCUUCGACAUUUCAGCAUCCUAAAUCUACCUUCGCCUACUACCAAUUGGCUGAAGCAUAUCUAUGGAACACACCUUGGCCGUUACCUGGAGAAUAGUGAAUUUACAGAUGACGUCCGUAAUUUGCGUAAUAAAAUAGUUAAUGUUGUUAUGGAUCUGUACAACAAGAUGAGCAGCGGACUUCUACCGACACCUGCCAAGACUCACUACACAUUUAACUUGAGAGAUAUCAGUAAGGUGAUCGAUGGUAUGCUUCAAGCUCAUCCAACGGUUAUCACUACCAYAGAKCACUGUAUCCAGUUACUAAUACACGAGUGUUGUCGGGUAUUUCACGAUCGUCUAAUUAAUGAAGAUGACCGUCGCUUCUUCUAUGGUGCACUGUCRGAGACGCUUCAUACGGGCUUUAAAAUCAACUGGAUGACUGACGCACUGCGGAAUAUGCCAAUUAUGUUCGGAGACUUUGUAGACACAAGCAGCAUAUCAUCUAAAGGCACCAAGGUCUAUCAUAUGAUGCAACAUCAAAGGGUUGUGCGAACGCUAGAGGAUAGCUUUGGUCAAGCCAGACAUUCUUGGGGGUCCUCCCAACACCGACCCGUUUUCUUUGGCAUGGCUGURCGGCAUAUCACUCGCGCUGCUCGAGUAUUGCGUAACCCGGGGCAUCAUAUGAUGAUGGUUGGCGUUGGUGGGACAGGUAAGUGCACUGUAGCACGCCUAGCGGCGUAUAUGGAGGAGUGCCACUUCAUGAAACCCGUAGCAUCCCGUGUGUACUUGCGGCCUGAGUUCUGUGAAGAUAUCAAGAGAGCCUACUUAAAUGCUGGUCUAAAUGGAGAGAAUACAGUUCUGUUCCUUACCGACAAUGUUUUAAAGGUCAGUUGA